GCACCAGGGGCGGGGCGUAGCCGACUGUGUGUGAGGAAAGGGGUGCUGAGGGAAGGGAGCGCUACCCCGCUAGCGGAAGGCGCAGGCCCAGCGUUUGCCGGCUGCGGAUCAUGCUGAACGGAGCACGCUGCAGGCUCGCCUCGACGCUGUGGAGGACACGCGCGCCGCCGUCAGCGAUCGUUCGUAGGUGCCUCCGCACGACGGGGUCGCUGUCCUUGGCAGAUCAGAGCGAGAGGGCGAAAAAGCCGUCCCGCACUUUCGACCAGGCGCUGCUGGAGUUCCUAGUGUGUCCGCUCUCCAAGAAGCCGCUCAGAUAUGAAGCCUCAACAAACGAAUUGAUUAAUGAAGAGUUGGGAAUAGCCUAUCCAAUCAUUGAUGGAAUUCCUAAUAUGAUACCACAAGCAGCUAGGACAACACAUCAAAAUAAGAAACAAGAAGAAACGGAGCAGCACUAG